UGGGUUUUUCAGGGUUUUUAAGAAUGCCUAUGUUUGAGCCCUCAAACAGGGAUGGGAUUGUUGGGUUUGAUGGUGGUGGAGAUGGGCAUGUUCUAGAUUUGGACACAGCUGUCAAAGAUGGGGUUUUGGGUGGUGGUGGUGUUGUUAGUGUUGGUGGGGUUGUGGGAACUGGUGGUGGUGGUGAGAAAUUGGAUCUGAGAAUGAUGAUUGAGGAGCUUGACUUGUCUGAGGUACCUUCUGUGUUUAUCUGCCCAAUUUCUCUUGAGCCAAUGCAAGACCCUGUGACCCUUUGCACUGGGCAGACCUAUGAGAAGUCCAACAUUCUCAAGUGGUUCAAUUUGGGGCAUUUCACCUGUCCAACCACAAUGCAGGAGCUUUGGGAUGAUACCGUGACCCCUAAUAGGACCCUUCAUCAUCUAAUCUACACAUGGUUUUCUCAGAAGUAUCUGCUCAUGAAGAAGAAGUCAGAAGAUGUUCAGGGAAGGGCUGCAGAGCUUGUGGAGAUGCUGAAGACUGUGAAGGGUCAAGCUAGGGUGCAAGCCCUCAAGGAAUUGCGUCAAGUUGUGGCAGUUCAUGCCACUGCUAGGCAGACAUUGAUCGAUAAAGGUGGGAUUGCUGUAGUUUCGUCUCUGCUUGGUCCAUUUACUUCACAUGUUAUAGGUUCGGUAGCCAUUGCAAUUCUUGUGAAUUUGACACUUGAUUCGGAGUCCAGAAUGAGUUUGAUGCAACCAGCUAAGAUUUCGUUGAUGGUGGACAUUUUGAAUGAGGGGUCAAUUGAGACAAAAAUCAAUUGUACCCGGUUGAUCAAAAUGUUAAUGGAGGAGAAGGAUUUUCGAUCAGAAAUUGUUUCGAGCCAUAGCCUCCUGGUUGGAAUAAUGAGGUUGGUUAAAGAUAAGAGACAUACAGUUGGAGUCUUGCCAGGACUGAGCCUCCUCAGAACAAUAUGCUUGCAUGAGGAAGCGAGGGGCUUGAUAGUGAGCAUUGGAGCUGUACCGCAAUUGGUUGAAUGUUUGCUUUCCCUUGACAAUGAAUGUUUAGAAUUAGCCCUUUUCAUCUUGGAUGCAUUGUCGUCUCGACCAGAGGGAGUAUUAUCAUUGAAGGAUUGUUCGAAGACCAUACCAAAUAUGGUGAGCCUUCUGAUGAGAAUUUCAGAGAGUUGUACUCAAUAUGCAUUGUCAAUCUUAUUGUCUAUAUGCAAACUUGCCCCUGAGGAAUGCUCAUCAAUUGCCCUGGAUGCCGGUCUGGCAGCAAAGCUCCUCCUUGUGAUCCAGAGUUGUAGUGAUCCAGUCUUAAAGCAGCAAUCCGCAGAGCUAUUGAAGCUCUGUAGUCUAAACUACUCUGAUACAAUAUUCAUUUCCAAGUGCAAGCUUUCAAGGACAAUUCAAUGACAUCAAAAUUCUACCACGGCAUUAAGGGCGCCCCACCACUUUGAUGUUUAAUAUGUGGCCAGUCACAGCAUGCAAAGAAUUUCAGAUGAUCUCAAUAUCUGCUAUAUGGGUUUGAGAUACUAAUCAGCUCCCCUGUAAAUAUUUCAAAGUAAUGUUUUUUCCAGCAAUUGAUUCAACAUUCAUGAAGAAGAAGAAGAAGACUCAUGAUGUAGACCUCAUACACCAUGCUGGUUGUAGUUGAAUCAAAUUAAAUUGUCGGGCGGAUGCCAAUGGUUUUUUGAAUAAAUUCCCAGUAGAAAGAAGAAUGUUAAUUAU